AUGGAAAAGCUGACCCGUCUGCUGAACAAAGUGAUCAAUGCUGAUUCUAGACGCUUUGCUAAUAGCUCCCGCCCGGAGGAACUGGUGAAAGAGUCACACAAGGAUGUGAUUAUCUCUGAUUCUCGUCGUUGGGAUGGUGCUAGUAUUGAUCAAGUCCGCGACCAUUUUGCAGAAUACCUACGCAACAUGGAACAAGAGGAUUGCAGUGAGGAGCCUCGCUUUGCUGCCUGUCUUUCGAUCGACGAGGUAUCACUGCAGUCGAUUGUUGCGGCAGAUGACUCUAGCGGAUUUGUUGGAGUGGUUGAUGGACGUUACCAACCUGGAAAGAAGUACGAUUGGCCCUCUUACCAUGGAUACAUGAGGGCUGAGAUUCGUGCCCUGUGA